AUGGAGGAGAUGAAAGUAAGAGGCCAAAGACUGGUGCUGAAAGAUCAAGAGCAAAGGGAAAUCCAUAGAGGCAAUUUUUUUUUCCACCACUCUUCACGGCCAAGCUUCAGGGAAAGGGAGUCGGCGACGCAGGCGGAUCGAACGGCGGAGUCGACGUGCGGAGGCGGCAAAGCAAACGGCAGGGUCACGGAGGCAGAUUCGGCUAACGACGACGGAGAGGGUUUCCAAGUGACCGACGACCUCUCGCUACCGGAGGCGACGAAGAAGCUGCUCCGGUCCACAAGCAUCGAGAAGGUCCGCAUCCGAGGCGAUGAUAGUGCCAAAAUGUCGAGGGAGACUGUGGAGAGGGACGCCAUCAGUCGCCAGGGAAAAAUCACGAUCCUUUCGUCUCUAAAAAAGGACGUUCAUUCUGUGGGAUAUAAUGUGUUGAAUUUUUUUUGUUACAAAACAAUUUUAUGGAACCUGUGCGGCAAGAAGUCGGCAGUAAUGUUGCCCCGUCGGACACAACCAACCAGCCGGCAAGCUGCUAUUCAUAGGUGGCGGGGCAAAAAAAGCCGUGUGGAUCAGCCUACGACGUCACAACAGACUUCGUCUGCAGCGAGGGGCAAAAAAAGCCGUGUGGAACAGCCUGUGACGUCGCAACAGCCUUCAUCUGCAGCCGACGGUACAAACAUAAGGUUUCGUGCCGAACCGACCAUUGUGCGGCAGGUUUCGGUGAAGGACAAUCGCCGUUUGGCGACGCAGCAGAGCUCAAGUCUGCCACCCCGUGCUGUAGAAACUGAAGUUUUCGAGGGUGAGAGUAUUCUUACAAAGGACUGUAAGAUGCUCGAGAAAUUUGAUCUCACAGGAAUUCCCCCUGCCCCAAGGAUUGUAUUGUCAUUUACAACCAUUACCCUAAACCGAGGGACCCUGCAAAUUGAGGUAACCUUCGAGGUGGAUGCCAACGACAUCCUCAACGUCAAGGCCGAAGACAAAGCCUCCCGCAAAUCGGAGAAAAUCACCAUCACCAACGAUAAGGGCCGCAUGAGCAGAGAAGAGAUUGACCACAUGACAAUUGGAGUCGGACUAGAAGUACAAGAUCCAGGCCGCACUAAAGAGGCGCUCGAGCGGCUGGACGACAAACAAAAUGCCAAGAAGUACAUAAGAAGAAAGGACUUCAUUAUCCUGAACAACAGCCACAAUGCGACCGUUGCGAUGUCCUUGGUUGAUCAGGUGGCACUGACGGCUAAGGGAGAGGAGAAACUGUUUUUCGCCUCCUCAGCCAAAUCCUUGCCGAGGGACUCCUUCACAGCCCUUUCAAUUUCCUUGGAAAUGAGACUCUUAACAGCCCGCUCCACGACACCUUUCAUCAUAGCUGAAAAGAAACUUGAGCUCUGCUGCGUCGCCAAACGGCGAUUGUCCUUCACCGAAACCUGCCGCACAAUGGUCGGUUCGGCACGAAACCUUAUUUUUUUUUGUUACAAAACAAUUUUAUGGAACCUGUGCGGCAAGAAGUCGGCAGUAAUGUUGCCCCGUCGGACACAACCAACCAGCCGGCAAGCUGCUAUUCAUAGGUGGCGGGGCAAAAAAAGCCGUGUGGAUCAGCCUACGACGUCACAACAGACUUCGUCUGCAGCGAGGGGCAAAAAAAGCCGUGUGGAACAGCCUGUGACGUCGCAACAGCCUUCAUCUGCAGCCGACAGUACAAACAUAAGGUUUCGUGCCGAACCGACCAUUGUGCGGCAGGUUUCGGUGAAGGACAAUCGCCGUUUGGCGACGCAGCAGAGCUCAAGUCUGCCACCCCGUGCUGUAGAAACUGAAGUUUUCGAGGGUGAGAGGAUUCUUACAAAGGACUGUAAGAUGCUCGAGAAAUUUGAUCUCACAGGAAUUCCCCCUGCCCCAAGGAUUGUAUUGUCAUUUACAACCAUUAUCCUAAACCGAGGGACCCUGCAAAUUGAGGUAACCUUCGAGGUGGAUGCCAACGACAUCCUCAACGUCAAGGCCGAAGACAAAGCCUCCCGCAAGUCGGAGAAAAUCACCAUCACCAACGAUAAGGGCCGCAUGAGCAGAGAAGAGAUUGACCACAUGACAAUUGGAGUCGGACUAGAAGUACAAGAUCCAGGCCGCACUAAGGAGGCGCUCGAGCGGCUGGACGACAAACAAAAUGCCAAGAAGUACAUAAGAAGAAGGGACUUCAUUAUCCUGAACAACAGCCACAAUGCGACCGUUGCGAUGUCCUUGGUUGAUCAGGUGGCACUGACGGCUAAGGGAGAGGAGAAGGUAUCGAAUUGGGUACCUGGGUACGAUAAAGGGGAUGCGCGACUAGACGCUAGGCUCAGGUUCGGCUACCAAGGGGCGACGGCACAAGAAGAAGGGGAAUGGUUUCCCCCCUUCAUGGACCUUCCCCCCUUCCCUCCGCUUCGGACAAGCCAGAAGUUUGUCCUACGCUUACACGCUUACUCUAUGGAACAGAGUUCGCUUAUCGUUCCCUCACUCGGAGUUCGGUCACUUGUGACUCCGAAGGGGACUGCCCGAGGGGAGUACAGGACUGAGGGAGCGAACCGAGCGAAGCGAAGGGAGUGA